AUGUCACAAGAUGAUGAGAGUAUAGAAGAACCAGAGAUGGACGUGCCUGGCCCCAGUACAAUACAUCUAGACAUAGCUCAGUCAACUACGACUUCGACUCGCAGUGUAAGAAGCAGGCUCGAUUUUUUAUCGACCGCAAACUCAACUGUAAUCCCGUCUUCGACCCUGAUUACUGCACGUCAGAUAAAGAAAAUAACAGCAGCUGCACGAACAGAAGACGCCUCUGUCCUCGCGUAUAUAAUUAUGAAAUAUUGUCCCAACGUAGUUAGAGAGGUGAAGAGAAAAAUCACUGAUGAUAUAAAUGCGUCUUGCAAAAACCUUUGCCUUAGAAACAAAGGCUCUAUUUUACACGCUGGACGACAAGACUCAUGCGGCAUGAUGAUAAACUUCUCGUUUGAAAAGUUGUGGGAAGAAAUGGAGACCAAUAUCCCAUUUGUCAUGGAGAUUCUAAAUGCAAUCACUGGUGUUGAAGGAUGUAAAGCGAAGCAAGACCUACGAGCAAAGUACGGGUUUCUAUAUUCCAUUCUAAUGAAUGUACGUUGGCAUGAACUAAGUCUGAUUCAGCGAUUGAACACGCUUUGCUUAAUUGAAGGUGGCUGCUCAAAACAGGUAAAUUUUUUAUUAAUAUGUGUUUACGUUUCACUUUUCAAAAUGAUACAAUGUUCAUGGAUAUCUACUUGGCCUUAACUUUACCAAACGUAUACUACAGAAAAUUGAUUGUAUAUAGUUCUGUCAUAUAUACAACUACGUGCACGUGACUAUAUGCUAUAUGCAAAGACCAUUGAAAUCAACACAAGUGACAAGUGUACAGCUUAAUAUAUUCAGGUUGUAAUAGCACAGUGAUGUCUAUACGGUUUAUUUUAAUUUAAUUUCCUAAACAGUCAACUAAUAUAAAGGCGAAAAGCAAAGUAAAAGUGUGUUUUAUUUAUGUGUGCAUGAAAUUUGAAAAUCAUUCCAAAAUUCACGCAGCCGAGUCAGCUUGCAAUGUCAGGUGCAUCUAUUGUCUUAUUUGUUUGUUUUGGUCGUGUUUGUUUUUAACAGGUAAAAACUUUUUAACAGAGUAUGAACAGAGCCAUAGGUCUCAAUUAGGUUGUCAUAAUUAGCUGCACGAGUCUGCAUAAACAAAAUCAUUUGAGAUGCUAAUCAGUUUCCCUUCUUAUAAAACAGGACAAAUUUAGGUAUUAAGAAACUGUAAAAUUCAGCCAUUAUGCGCUCUUUAUUCUUACUUUUUCCUUCAUCUGUAUAAUUUACAGUAAUAUGGCUGAUGUAUAAAUAGAGUAUCAACAUAAAGACCAAAUAGAAACUAGGCUUAUUAAAGUAGUGCAUUGCCAUAAUUUGCAACAUUGUUGUCAAUUAUAAUUUGUAAUAAAAGGUUUCUCUUCUAGUUACAACAUCGCCUGAAUAAGCUUGGUGUUUGCCUGUCCCAUAGCAGACGCACUACUUUACUCACGUUACUGGGUGGUCAUUUCCUUGACAAGACAGUGGAGAAGCUUAUAAGAGUGGGAAGACUUUUCGUG